AUGGCGGCGGUGGCGGACGUCGACCACUACGAGGUGCUCCGGCUGCCGUCGGGCGAGGAGGGCGAGGCGCUGAGCGUCGAGCAGAUCGACAAGGCCUACCGGGCGCAGUCGCGGCUGCGGCACCCGGACAAGCGCCCCGACGACCCCGCCGCCACCGCCGACUUCCAGGGCCUCGUCACCUCCUACAGGCUCCUACGCGACGAGUCCCUCCGCCGCCAGUUCGACGCCCGCCUCCGCGCCCGCCGCGGGGCCGCCGCCCGCGCCGCCGCCACCGGGGUCAAGCGGCGCAGGGCCGUGUCGGACCUGGAGGAGCGCGAGCGCGCCUUUGCUGCCCGUGCGGGAGCAGGACCGGCCUUCGACCCCGCGCAGCUGGCCAGGCGGGAGGAUAAGCGCAAGGCUGCGGACGUUAAGCGCGAGCUGGAGGACUUCUUCAGGAAGUCCGUCGCCUCUGGCUCUGCUUCCACUUCGGCACAUGGAGAUAACAAGGGUGGAACCCCAGAUAACAGAACAAAAACUGACAAGGGGAAGGUCUUGAAGGUUUCAUGGGAAGGGGGUGCAGAUUACUAUACUGCUGCAAAGUUGGAUGAGAUCUUUAGGCAAUUCGGCGAGGUUGAAGACAUUGUUAUCAAGACCAGGAAAUCAAGGAGCAAGGGUUCAGCAAUUGUUGUGAUGGCUUCCAAAGUGGCGGCUCAAACAGCACUGAAGAACCAUUCUGUGUACAACGUCUUCCCAGUCCCAUUAAUGGUUGCUCCCAUCGAAGAAUUGGUUGGGUCACCAGCAUUCGCAGCUCCAACAUCUGAACCGAGGGCAAGCAACGUUGAUGGAACUGGAUUCAGUGAUAUGGAGGCAUCGGUGUUCCGAAAACUUCAAGAGGCCCAGAAAAGGAAGCAAUGUGCAUAA